AUGAUGGCUGAUCGCAAGAAGAAAUUACCCCAGGGAGGUACCGGUCGUUCAGCGACCGGAGAAUCCUCCUCCACCGCACCGGAUUUGCCGGGGGUGGGCCGUCCCACGUCUUCUGGGGGGGACACGACCAGCGCUGAAGAGUUGAGGAACAUCAUGACGAGAAGAGUCGAGAUCCUGGAAGAGCUGGAGGUUCUCGAGGCUCUUGAUAUAGAGACACAGAUGGACUCUGAGCGGACAGGUUCGUCGCUGUCAAUAAGAUCAGAGGACAGCCUUGGGUUGGCGAGAGGGAGUACCUCGCCUCCCAAGAAACACCGCAAGAGGAGGAUCGUCGAGAGACGUCGGGAGUUGGACUCCGACGAUGAUGAGGUAGACCUGGUGGAGGUAUCCUCGACGGGGUCCAGAUCGAGUCGGGCAAGGGGCCAGCAUGUGGCCAAGAGAGGAGCGCGAACAGCCACGCCAGCAUCCCGGAUGGAGACCGAGGCUUCGGCGUCCGAAGCUGAAUCCCCCGGGACUGCGGCUGCUGUCUGCCAGGUAACCGAGCAGGAUUACAUGCUCGGCUCCGACGAACUCGGAGAUAAGGUGGAGGAAGGUGCCCGGCAAGUGCUAGUCGCCGUGAGGAAGUCUGGCAAUCUAAAAGGGACUAUAAUCAGGGACAUCAAAGUGGCAAUUGGCGCCAUCCGCUCGGCGUCUAGCACCCUGAAAUUGAGGUCCGGGUCUUCCGAAGAAGACGCCCUCAGGAGGGAGGUCCGCAAGCUGCAUGCCGAACUGGAGGAUGUGAAGGCAAUCAAGGCGGCCAUGCUGAAGGAAUCCGUGGAGGAGCGGAAGAAAUUCCGCCAACUCCAAAUGGCGUCACAGUCCUCCGCCGCGUUGGCCGACGAACUGGCCUCGCUGAAAGCGGAGCGAGAGAGUUGGGAGCGGCAAGCGCGGGAGAGCGUCCUAAAACUUGAGGAUCUGAAGAAGCAGAACGCUCUAGACCGCCUUGCCCUGCAAAAAGCCCUGCAAAAGGUCGAGGAGUUAAAGACUGCGGUAGAGCUUCCGCCUGUCGCAAUAAUGGGGACCACAACGGCUGAGCCGGAAGGCGCGCCGCCUCGGACCCUUACGGAGGACGCCGAAGACCGGAUGAUCCGGCGAGUAGGCGAAAUGAUGGACAGCCGCUUCGCCGAGAUGGAAGAGCGGAUCUCGGCGAAGAGGAAACGGCCCCCAAAGAUCAGGAGUGCGCCUACUGCUGGAUCAUCCGGUCCAAGGACUGACAGGGCCCCGCAGCGGGAGCCCAGUGGCGGACGCGCCCCACAGCCGUCGACCUCGGCAGAAAACGCGGAGGGCUGGUCGACGGUUGUGCGACGCGGGAAGCGUAAGGGUGCUGGCGCAAGCCAGGCAGCUCCCACCAGUACGCCACCAAAGAAGGGGCCACGCGGCGGCCAAACGCAGGAAUCGCAGCGGAAGAAGAAGCCCGCGCGGAAGGUGAAGGCGCGCCCCCCUCGGUCAUCGGCUGUGGUUCUGACCAUAAGGCCGGGAGCCGAGGAGAGGGGCGUCACCUAUAGGUCGGUGCUCACCGAUGCGAAGGCCAAUAUCUCAUUGGCCCAGCUCGGUAUCACCGACCUUAGGUACAGAGUGGGAAGGACUGGGGCCCGUAUCCUCGAAGUCCCCGGAUCAGACACAGGCGACAAGGCGGACGCGUUGGCUGCCAAAAUAGAGGAGGUCCUGCCCGAGGACGUCCGGGUCUCGAGACCUGUCAAAACGGCCGAGCUCAGGCUCGUCGACCUGGACGACUCGGUGUCGGUAGCCGACGUGGUGGUCGCAAUCAUGCGGGACGGGGGGUGCCGGGAGUCCUCGGUGAAAACCGGGGAAAUCCGGCGCAACCCGCAGGGUACGGGCUCAGUCUGGGUGCGGUGUCCUGUGGCCGCCGCCAAGAAGUUGGCCGAUGCCGGUCGGCUCAAGAUCGGUUGGGUGAUGGCGCGGGUUCAACCUUUGGACCCAAGGCCGCAGCGGUGCUAUCGCUGCUUGCUCACGGGUCACGUGGGCCUGCGAUGCACCGCUGAGGAAGACAGCAGCGGAAUUUGCUUCCGCUGCAGCGAGCCCGGCCACAAGGCCGCACGGUGCGCCGCACCAUCACCGAACUGUCGGUACUGUGCCGCGGCGGGUCGCAAGUCCGACCAUCGAGUGGGCGUCACAAACCUGUGUCGCCCGCCAAAGGCCCGAGCCGCGGCACGGGCCACAGGUGGGGGGGGGGAGUCGAUGGACACCUGA